AUGUAUAAUGUAUCAGAUGAAGGUAGCUUUCAGAAAAACCGUUUUGGAGGAGCUUCCCUAGUGAAUAUCAAAUUGGAUGGUCUCAUGGGUAGAAUGUUAGAGAUGACUAAAGUACUUAGCCUUAACUCACCCACCACUUUAAUGACAGUCACUAAUGAAAAUUUGGAAGAAUUUCAUGAAAAAAUCCCAAUAAAAAGUGGAGACAAAUUGGAAAUGUUUGAGCAAUGGCUAAGCUUGAAAGAGGAAAAUUAUAAGAUAAUGGUUGUGGAGCUUACUCGUAUUGGAGGAUCGGGCCUAGCGCAAUCAGUAAGAAAAUUUUUACACCGGACAUUAAGUAAUGAAACAGCUGGAAACUACUCCUGGGAUGGAGCAAAACAAAAGCGAGCAUUAAGAAAUUUACGUUUGGCAAAGGGUAUUGUAGACAACGAACCUGAUGAUGAGGAUGAUGCUGAUGAUUAUAGUUCCGAUGAUGAGGCAGAUGACACCAUGGAUGUGGGCGUGGAUAGCAAGGAGCAGCAGCAGGAGAGUGAUGGCGUCGAAGCGCCAGACAACGAUGAUGUCUUUAUUGAUGGAUUACCAAAUUAA